CAGGAGGGGCUAGUCUAGACCUCUGGGAAACCUCUGACUCCGUGCUCGGGUCAUUUCCUUAUCAGACUGCCUUAUCUCGUGUUGGUACUUCCAGGCGCGGCCGCAGCUUAGGAAAGUCCUACUUGAGGUCUAAUCCGAGAUCUUCCUGCUGCAGCCCAGUCUAUAGCAGCCUGCAUUUUUACCUUUUAGGUUUCGCUUCUCCCUCUGCCCCCAGGGGGCCCUUCCCUGAUCCCUCUUCAGCCUCCGCCACCUGGGGGCUGCUUUUCUCAGCCAGAGAGAUUCACAUGGCCCAGCGGGUUCGCUGUGAGGGAUGUGCACGGUACUGGAGCGCAGAGGAGGCACACUGAGCGCCCGAGGCCAGGCUGAACCGUGAGGCCUGACUCCUUACCAGACCACCCUCCCAUGGCCUCCGACCCAGGACCAGGGUCUUGUUGAUAACACAGCAGAGGGCUGGCCGAUGAAUGGACACCUCGAAGCAGCAGAGGCCAGACCAGGAGCUGAACUGGAGCUGGGGCCACGGGCUUAGGACUGCCCAGGACAGGCCCAGAGCCAUGGCCCCACCGCCGCUGUCACCCCUGGCCACCAGCACUCCACUCCUGCAUGGCGAGUUUGGCUCCUACCCAGCCCGAGGCCCGCGCUUUGCCCUCACUCUCACACCACAGGCUCUGCACAUCCAGCGGCUCCGCCCCAAGCCUGAAGCCAGGCCCCGGGGCGGCUUGGUCCUGCUGGCCGAGGUCUCAGGCUGUUGCACCCUGCGCAGCCGCAGCCCCUCUGACUCAGCGGCCUACCUCUGCAUCUACACUUACCCUCGGGGCCGGCGCGGGGGCCGGCGCAGAGCCACGCGUACCUUUGGGGCUGAUGGGGCGGCCACCUAUGAGGAGAACCGGGCUGAGGUCCAGCGCUGGGCCACUGUCCUCACGUGUCUGCUCCGUGGACUGCAGCUGCCUGGGAAUGGGGAAAUCACCUCCCACCUUCUGCCAAGGCCACCCCGGUUGCUUCUAUUGGUCAAUCCCUUUGGGGGGAGGGGCCUGGCCUGGCAGUUGUGUAAGAACCACGUGCUGCCCAUGAUCUCCGAAGCUGGGCUGUCCUUCAACCUCAUCCAGACAGAACGACAGAACCACGCUCGGGAGCUGGUCCAGGGACUGAGCCUGAGCGAGUGGGAUGGCAUCGUCACAGUCUCGGGAGAUGGGCUGCUGUACGAGGUGCUGAAUGGACUCCUAGAUCGCCCUGACUGGGAAGAGGCUAUGAAGACGCCUGUGGGCAUCCUCCCCUGUGGCUCCGGCAACGCCCUGGCUGGAGCCGUGAACCAGCAUGGGGGGUUUGAGCAGGCCCUGGGCAUUGACCUGCUGCUCAAUUGCUCACUGCUGCUCUGCCGGGGUGGCUGCCGCCCGCUGGACCUCCUCUCUGUGACCCUGGCCUCGGGCUCCCGCUGUUUCUCCUUCCUGUCUGUGGCCUGGGGCUUCGUGUCAGACGUGGACAUCCAGAGCGAGCGCUUCAGGGCCUUGGGCAGUGCCCGCUUCACACUAGGCACGGUGCUGGGCCUUGCCACACUGCACACCUACCGUGGACGCAUCUCCUACCUGCCUGCCACCGUGGAGCCUGCCUCACCCACCCCUGCCCAUGGCCUGCCCCGUGCCAAAUCAGAGUUGACCCUGGCCCCCGUCCCAGCUCGAACCGUGGCCCACUCACCCCUUCAUCGCUCUGUAUCUGACCUGCCCCUGUCCCUGCCUCAGCCUGCCCUGACCUCCCCUGACUCACCCGAACCAAUACCCGUCCUGUCACUCAAUGGUGGAGGCCCAGAGCUGGCCAGGGACUGGGGCGAGGCUGCGGAUCCUCCACUGUCCCCAGACCCGCUGCUGCCCUCGCCCCCUGGCUCCCCCAGAUCAGCUCUCCUCUCACCCAUCACCGAGGCGGGACCAGAAAUGCCAGCAUCCUCUGGGCUACUGCCUCCCACCCCUGAUGGUGACCCGGGAGUCAUCUCUACUGGGGGCCCACCAGACCACCUGCUUCCUCCUCUGGGUACCCCACUACCCCCAGGCUGGGUGACGCUGGAGGGGGACUUUGUGCUCAUGUUGGCCAUCUCCCCCAGCCACCUGGGGGCUGACCUCGUGGCAGUUCCCCACGCGCGCUUUGAUGACGGCCUGGUGCACCUGUGCUGGGUGCGCGGUGGCAUCUCCCGAGCCGCGCUGCUGCGCCUUUUCCUGGCCAUGGAGCGAGGCAGCCACUUCAGCCUGGGCUGCCCGCAGCUGGGCUAUGCCGCAGCGCGUGCCUUUCGCCUCGAGCCGCUCACUCCUCGCGGAGUGCUCACGGUGGAUGGGGAGCAGGUGGAGUACGGGCCCCUGCAGGCUCAGGUGCAUCCGGGCCUAGGAACGCUACUCACUGGGCCUCCAGGCCGCCCUGGGCGAGAGCCCUGAACCUCAAAACUUGGAGCCUGCGAUGGGCGGGGCCUACAUUCCAAGGGGGUGGGGCCUUCGCUAGGGGCGGGGCCUGGCUGCUAGUUAGGUAAGAGGCCCCGCGUGCAAGGGAGCCCCUGUCUCAGGACUGUGCCCGCCUCCUGGGGACCAGUGGUGAUGCUAGAGGGUGGCCCGAAUGCCAGGGGGUGAGGGCCAUUAGGGUCACAGGAAAGGGGGCUCGCCCGGGAGGGUAGUGCCUGGCCAAUGAGGGCGCAGCUCAGACCAGACCCUUGCUUCCAGCUCCUGGAAGACCAGGUCGGCUGAGGGCGGAGCCUCUCAUCCCGCGUCACCUAAUGAUGGGGCCUGGGAUGUACGGGCUGGCCAGUCAGGGCCCGGUCUCGCCCUGUCCACUCCGGUGCCUCCAUUUAACUGGCCAGGAGGGGCAGGUUCCCCUGGGCCAACGCUCACAUUUGCACUAAGGUUCCGCCCCGUCCGUGUGGGCGGGCAGUUCAUUUCCCGUUUUCUGUCUCCUGUGCGUCUCCAGACCCCAAUCUUCAAAGCAAUUGAAAAGGUCUAUGCAAUAAAGGCAGUCGCUACAUUCCUCUUA